GAUUAUACAAGAGAAUUUCUUUGCAAGGAUCAUAGUUUUGGUAGUCAGAGUCCAACUUCCAUUUUUGUCUCAUAGUUUAUGAAUCAGCUAGGUAAAAAACACCUAAACCAACUCUUUCAAGACAUUGCCUCUCACCUGUAUCUCUGCCACUUUGAUUUCACUUCUAUAUCCCUAACAAUUUGAUCACACCAAUAUUCCAUGUCAGUGGAAGCUUAUUCAAGGAGCCCUGUGCUGCAACAAGCUUUCCCCCAAUUAAUUCUUAAACCAGAAUAUUCACAAGUUAAAUUUCACCAAGUAUUUAGGUGUCUUGACAUUAGGUUCCAUCUAAUAAGCCAUAUAAAUCAAAGUGGCAACAGCAAAUCAUGAAAUCAUAUACCUAAAUGGAUUCCUUCCAAUCAGCUAACAUCAGUUCUCUUAACACAUAAACCAAAGGCUCUAUGGAUAAAUCAGAAAUCAUAUCAUUGGUUUUAAUUAAUGCAUUAGAACUAAAAUGUCAAAGUUCUUGUCCAUUUGAUUAAUGGUUGCAUUGCUGGUGAAAUCUCCUGUGAAUACCCUCAGCUUAACCCAGUCAAACUCUUUUUGUGCACUGAGCUCACUGUUGACACUCACAUAAUAAAAAUGAUCAAGUGAGUAAUCAGUCAAAUGUGUCUCCUUCAAACAUGUAGGUCAUCACUGGACAACGUGCAUCUCCCCUUUCCUGGUUGUCCUCCCCAGUAUAAAACAGAUUGAUCUUCAUGAAUGCAGAAGUCUCUUCACCAGUAUUUUAGCUAGAAUAUUAAAGAAAUCAUUGGGUAAAGAAACAGGAUGAGAAGAUUCCAUGUAUAACCUAUAGUUCAUUGUUCUUGGAGAAGGUUUCUCAUAACUACAUGUUGGCAUGGAAUUUGCUUAGACUUUUGUGCUGUACGCAAUGUGUAUUCAAUUUUGUGCCUUUUUUGGCAAAUGCAUUUAGUUCUUCGACUGAGGAAAUGAACAAUUCGGCACUAUUAGUCAAGUAGCAUAGGCUAUUGUGUUUCUGCCCAGGGAGAGCUCAGUGGCCUCUCUUUGAACUUGCCACCAUAGGCUUUGUCAAUAAAAAACAUCCCAUCCCCUCAUUAUUUCUCUCAGCCUCCUUUGUAGUUCUUUCUGUUGCUGGUUAAGGUUAUCAUCAUGUUGAACUACUACUACCCUUUGGUAAUUUAGGAAGAUGUAAGGUUUUCAGGAGCCAUUAGAAUGAUCCAAACAAGAAUGACAUUUUGUCCAAGGACCCAAAGAAGAGCUCUGUGUAGCUGGAAAGCUCCUCUCUUCUCUCACCAACAGAAGUUGGUCCAUUAAAAGAUAUUACCUCACCCACCUUGUCCCUCUGCUAUCCUGGGACCAAAUGGGCUACAACACAGUACCCAACAUGUUGUCCAUAAUCAGUAACAGCUGCGACAGCAUCUCUGUGCUUUAUGGACUCUCAGGCCGAGAUAACAGCAGCGCUUUCAGCAUCAGUCAGUUGUGAAAGGGACGAUUUGCAAAUCGUUCACGGCUGACACCCCGCCAAACCAAAAAAGAGAGAUAAUCCAAUGUCUGCGGAGCCUUUUCCACGCAAACCCCUUGCAGUAGUGCGGGAAAGCGACUUAAUAUAACAACCGAGGGUGAAGUCCAGGCACGCAGGCAAGGGAAAGGAGAGGUCAGGUUCCCCUUCUCCCCCCUCCCCCCCCCCCCCCGCAUGCCAGAAAAGUGAACCACGGAAGGGGUAACCGAAGUGACUUCAUCUUCCAUUGUGACGGUCACUUCCCUCUUCAUCAUGGGGGGCCCAUUCUGUCCCCAUCCUGCGUCACUGUCACAAUGCAAGAGCCGGCGCAGGCUCCCACCCACCCAUAGAGCCCCACCCUUAACCACACAGGGGACACCCCCCCACACACCCAUGCCGCGGAUCAGCCCCUGGGAGGGGAAGACGAAGCUGCAGCGUCUGCAGCGGGCUCCUUUCCAGCCUCUUUUCCUCCCCCCCCCAAAAAAACCCCUCCUUCCAAGCGUUUGUCAGUCACACGCGCUCCUGCUUCCUUCCACCCAGCCCCUGGCUCCUGGGACGGGCCGGAGGUGGGAGGGGAGGGAGGCGCCCGCCCGCCCUGCGGCUUCAAAUAGAGCCCGCGGGCCCCAGGCUGGCAAUCGCCACCGGAGCCGGCUCCCGAGGCAGCGCGACGCCAACUGGCCUGUGAGUGCGGAGCCGCCGCCGAAGCCAGGGGAGCAGAAUGAGCUCGGCAGCGCGGGAGAUCCUGGGGCUGGGGCUGGGCGUCCUGGGCUGGGUGGGGGUGAUCCUGGCCUGCGGCUUGCCCAUGUGGCAGGUGUCCGCCUUCGCCGACGGCCACAUCGUGGUGGCGCAGACCACCUGGGAAGGGCUGUGGAUGAACUGCGUGGUGCAGAGCACCGGGCAGAUGCAGUGCAAAGUCUACGACUCCAUCCUGGCGCUGGAGCCCGAGGUGCAGGCGGGCCGGGCGCUCACCGUCCUGGUGGCCCUGCUGGGGCUGGUGGCGCUGAUGGUGACCGUGGUGGGGGCCCAGUGCACCACCUGCGUCCGAGCCGGCAAGGCCAAGUCCUGGAUCGUCAUGGCCGGCGGGGUCCUGCACAUCCUCUGCGGGGUGCUGGUCCUCGUCCCCGUCUGCUGGUUCGCCAACAUCAUCAUCAGCGGCUUCUACGACCCCAACGUGCCCAAGUCCCGGAAGCGGGAGAUGGGGGCGGCCCUCUACAUCGGCUGGGCGGCCACGGCUCUGCUGCUCCUCGGGGGCAGCCUGAUCUGUUGCUCCUGCUCCUGCUCCGGGGGCGGCGAGAACGGCUUCCCCGUCAAGUACUCGGCCUCCACCCGGCGGCCCGCCUCCCACGGCGAGUACGACAAGAAGAACUACGUCUGAGGGGCCCGGGGCCGGGGCGGGCUGCCGCGGCCAGAGCUGGACCCCGCGCAGCCACUGGACCCCGCCCUGCGCCCGGUUCCCUCCCCGCAGAGAUGCUUGAAAUGGCCCCGGGGAGGCGAGCUCCGAACUGGACCGGGCGCAGGGGCCCGCUCGCCGGGACAAGACCAGCCCCGCUGCGCGCCUGACCGCGCCCCUCUUUGAGCCUUACGAACGUGAACCAAAAAGGGCCCCCGGCCUGAAUUCCGCCUCUCCCCCCGGCCCUUGUGUCUGCUCCGGGACCAGCGGUAAAUCGGCCGGCCCCGCACUGGCUGGCUUGUUUUGAGAUGCAUGCUAUGUAACCUGAACGCGAGUUACCCUGUAACUGCAGGAACGUGGACCACAGAGCCGGGGGCGCAGGGUUUUUUAAAACUACUUCGUGACUAAUCGCAAACCCGCACCUGCUUGUGUUUGGUUUGUGAUGGUUAUUGCUGCCCCAAAAGUGACCUACGGGCUUGGUUAUGUAGCAUUAGAGAAUAAGAUAAAGUCUCCAUCCGAAUGUGAACUCUCGUAAAACAAAACCUCUUAAGCAGCGACUUCAGCUCCCUAGCCAUAGCAGCAGGAGGAAUCAUCCUUCCCUUCCUGUAUUUUUUUUUUAAUUUAAAACAAGCUUAAUUCUGCUGUUGUAAUGUGCUGCCUUGCCGCUGUACAGACCCGAGUGAACACAUGGCUAAUGAAAUUAACUAACCUAAACUCUGCGGGCCAUCAGACUAAGCAGUUAGGACGAUUCUGGUACAGGAUUUUACAGAACUAUUUCAGAACUCAACACUCCUUAUUUGUUAACCCCGUUUUUUAAAUAAAAACAAACAAGAUUGUCUAUAUUUUAUAUGUAUAUUUUUAUAUUCUGGCUGCAUGUUUUGUUAUUAUAAAGACGUCCGAACUAUCUGGGGCAGGAAGAGGUGACAGCCCCGCACUGGAAUUUGGUAAUUAACAACCAGCGUCUGGUUGUUUGAGACAAACUUUGGAAGGAGGCGGGGUAUGCUGGGGCAUCAUGCACAACUAGCAAACAAAUUGUUCUCCCAUUUUGGGUCGAGAACAACCCUUAGUGCAUAGGAGUUUAUAGUAUAAUGUAUCUGCAAAAAUAAGAGAGGAGUUUGCAUCUGUUAGUGCAUCAAAUGGCUUGUGCUAUCCAACAUCUUUUCCUAGGGGCCGGUGCCCUGAACAUUCCCCCAGUAGGACUUUGUCAUCACCUCCUUCAAAUUUGAACGCCAUGGGUGCGAUUUGGCUUUUUUAAUGGAUUCUUUUACAAGACUUCACAUUUUUAUAUCUCUUAUGAAUUGAUCUGUGUGAUGAUAAUGAAUUGUGCCACUAUUACACUAACUUUCCUCAUAAAACAUUUUCAGUCCUUUCACAUUUUCUUUAAAAAAAAAAGCCCCUUUGGGUUGAAAUGUCUUAUUUAUUUUCUUGUAAAGAAAAUACCUGCAUAUGGCUUAUUGUAACAGUGGUGGGUUUAUUUGUUUUUUCAUUAUUUAAGAAUUUUUUUCAAUUUUUUUGAAAUAAAAUUUAAGUUCUUUUUAAAGA